AUGGCAGCAAGACUUGAUUUUGUUCCAGCAACUUCACUGGAAACGAAAUUACACUGGGGUAUUUGGUUACCUUGCGUAGCUGUGCCAUUUUGGUACACAUACGAGAUUUCAAAUAGGUAUCUGUACCAACUUCACGAGGGCUUUUUCGACGCCGAUACAUCUCUUUUUAAUGGCAGACUCAAAGAUAUAGCAGAUGGUGAGUGGACAUUUUGGAGACAAUUUUUCAGCUUUUACACAAUCGUCUGCAUUAUAAGUUCAACUCUUAGUAACACUAUGUCAAAAUUAUCGACAAUGGCUCGUAAAAUAGCGCUUAUUACAGUCUCUUUCAUCGCAUUAUCGAUGCUUCUUAGUGUAACGGGACUCGCGAUACUUUUGUGCCAUGCACUUACUGUUUACAUCACAGCAAAGACCAAAUCAGUUUGUGCUAUAUGGAUUCAUCUUUUAGCUGCCACUUACGCCGUCAAUUUCGAUCCAUUCCUAAGCUACAUAAUUUCGCCACUCGCAAACGAUGAUACAAUACGAAGCCUGGUUAUUUUCGCUUUGAUGAUGUGCAACUUACGAUUGCUGAGUUUCGCCUUGGAGGCUGCAAGAAUUGGCCGACCAACUUCCGAAUCAAGCAGAUCUAAGGCAUCUGAAAAUGCGCCUAACAUUAUAGAUUUUCUAUCAUUUGUAUUCUAUUUUCCAUUAUUCUUGAAUGGGCCACUUCUGACUUUUGACAAAUUCCAUUCUCAGAUGAAAACACGUGUUCAAAAACCGUCUGUAGCGUCGCUUGCUGUCGAAAUCUGUUCCUGUAUCGCGUACUUCGCCUUGAUCGAAAUAUCCUUCCAUUUUCUGUAUUCCACAUGCAUUUCUAAACACAUGCACAUUCUUGUUGAACUCAAUUGCUGGGAGACUCUAGGCGUGAUCUGGUCGCUUCUCCAGUUCUUUUACUUGAAAUAUGUCGUGUUUUAUCGUUUCGCUGGAGUAUUCGCCAAAAUCGAUGGUAUGGAGCCCCCAGGACAGCCCGGCUGUAUCUCGAACCUUUAUACUUAUGUCGAUAUGUGGCGAUAUUUCGACAAGGGAUUAUAUGCAUUUCUGCGUCGUUACAUUUACAUUCCAAUUGGAGGAUCUCGUUAUGGAAUAGUGCGGCAAAUUUUGGCCUCGUUUUCCAGCUUUGCAUUCGUUGGAUUCUGGCACGGAGGUACAGAAAAAUACAUCGCAUGGGCGCUGACAAAUUGGUUGGGCAUAUCUAUGGAAGCUAUUGCUGCUAGCAUCAUGAAGCUCGAGGUAUCAAAACGGUUUGUUGCUAAAAUAACCCCGCAGACAUAUCGCAGAAUAUGCGCAGCAGGUGGCGCGGUAACAGUCGGCUUUCUGAUAUUAUCGAACGUAAUUUUCUUGACUAGCACUGAAGCAACAAUGAUUUUUGUACGGAGAUUAUUUAUUCACGGUUGGCCUACAUGCCCUGUAUUUUUGUAUAUAGCUCUAUAUUGUGCAGUUAACUGUAUAAUAGACGCCAGAACAUGA